UUCACAACUCGGAGACAAAUUGCAGGCGCUAUGAACAGGAGCAAGGCUGCCUGUAAGAUGUAUUAUGAGACGGUACGCAGGAGCUUCAGAUAUACGCAGCCAGAGAACACGUUGCGUGCGGAAGCUACCAAGCAUUCAGCUCGGAGUCAAGCUAGAGGAAAGAGGUCAAGACUUUAUUUGGUGACUAUUUUUCAGCUGCUGGAAUCGAGGGAGAGUGUGCUAGCUGAUGAGGAAGUGGAACUCUGGAAGUCCGCCACCGUCAACCUCAUGUCUGACGAAGAAGAUGGCGUCGUUGGCGCAUGGAUUGUACGGCCGCCGUCAUUUCGUAGGCCGGAUCUCUCUGAACUCUGUGAUAAGCUGCAGUCCCGGUUAGAGGCGACGCCGAAGUACAGAGCCACGCACAGUAGGCGUCUGCACAUCGGACCUGCCUUGGAGAGAAUGUUGCCAGUUACCUCCAACCCCGAGGAGGCAAACGGACAGUUGACGGAGUUAUAAUUUUUGGAUACGCAUGUGUGGGCAGAUCCUCGCGUUGUAUAUAGUUGUGUUUGUUUUAAUAAAGCUCUUUCUUUGCAUAAA